UGGGCUGGGAGUAAACGUUAAUGUCAUUUCAGUGUGUACAGAGGCUCGGGCGCGUUGGUGCGCGAGUCGCUGCAUAGCCAGACGAAGCAAUUUACUUGAACGCCAGAGCUUCGGCAGAAGACGCUCUUUCUUCAGUUCCCCCUACGUAAAAAUGUGUCCCUUUAUAUUGUACUGACUGACGGGAGGUCGACGGAGUGGCAAUUUGGCGGACCCCUGAAGCUUCCAAACUCCAAUGUGAUUCUUUGUAAAACCUGUCAACUGCAAAUAAACUUAGAAAAUACAAGGAAUAGCAGGCUGGAGCUGCUGCAUCCCGUUAUCAGCACACGCCGUCGUUUGAGGUAGGAGUUACAUUUGAAGAAACUGAAAAAAGAAGAGGUUUCUAAAAUGGACCAGAAAGUAAGCAAACUCACACUUGGAUUCCAGCGUAGCUCUACAUCUGAUGAUGAUUCUGGAUGCGCCAUGGAAGAAUAUGCUUGGGUUCCCCCAGGGCUCCGACCAGAACAGGUGCAGCUUUACUUUUCCUGUCUACCUGAGGAUAAGGUUCCUUACAUUAAUAGCCCCGGAGAGAAAUAUCGUAUCAAGCAACUGUUGUAUCAACUGCCUCCUCACGAUAACGAGGUGAGAUAUUGCCAGGCCCUCAGUGAAGAGGAGAAAAAGGAGUUACAGAUGUUCAGCACACAACGCAAGAAAGAAGCACUAGGAAGAGGCACAAUUAAACUCCUGCCUCGGACACUAAUGCAUUCAGUUUGUAACCAGUGCGGAGAAAACAUUAAUGGCGGUGAAAUAGCUGUGUUUGCCUCUAGAGCUGGUCCUGGUGUCUGCUGGCACCCAGCAUGCUUCUCUUGCUCCACUUGUAACGAGCUGCUGGUUGACCUCAUCUAUUUUUAUCAGGACGGAAAGAUUCACUGUGGGAGACAUCAUGCUGAACUGCUGAAACCCCGCUGCUCAGCAUGUGAUGAAAUAAUCUUUGCUGAUGAAUGUACAGAGGCCGAGGGCCGCCACUGGCACAUGAAGCACUUCUGCUGUUUUGAGUGUGAGACUGUUCUUGGUGGACAGAGGUACAUCAUGAAGGAUGGACGACCAUAUUGCUGUGGCUGCUUUGAAUCGCUGUAUGCCGAAUACUGUGAGGUCUGUGGGGAGCAUAUUGGGGUUGACCACGCACAGAUGACAUACGAUGGGCUGCACUGGCAUGCGACUGAAACCUGUUUCUGUUGCUCUCAAUGCAAAACAUCCUUGUUGGGAUGCCCAUUCUUACCUAAACAAGGAAGGAUUUAUUGUUCCAAAGCUUGCAGUCUUGGUGAAGACAUUCAUGCUUCAGAUUCCUCCGAUUCAGCUUUUCAGUCCGCACGUUCAAGGGAAUCUAGGCGAAGUGUGCGAAUGGGGAAGAGCAGUAGAUCAGCAGAUCAAUGCAGACAGUCUUUGCUCUUCUCCCCGGCUGUGAAUUAUAAAUUCCCUGUAUUUUCUGGAAAUGCUGAUGAUACUUUAUCUCGUAAACUGGAGGAUCUAAAUAUCUCCAGGCAAGAAGCAAAUUUUUCCGAUCAUUUUUGGAAAAAUAGAGAGGAGCAAGAAGCUCCAGAGGACCCAGAGGAAUGGGCUGAACACGAAGACUAUAUGACUCAAUUAUUACUUAAGUUUGGCGAUCGUGCCCUGUUCCAGCAGCCUGAGACCACUAGGCAGAUGGAUACCUGGAUGUCUGAAAAUGGGGGUGAGUUGAAACCAGAGUCAAAAAGUACUGGGCAUAAUCAAAGCUUGGCUAGCAAGAAAUAUCAAUCUAAUAUGUACUGGACCCAGUCCCAAGAUGGAUUAGGAGAUUCUGCUUAUGGCAGUCACCCUGGGCCUGCAAGUAGCCGAAAAAUCCAAGAGCUAGAGAUGGACCAUGGUGCUACAAGCUUUAAACAUGACCAGAAACAGUGGUACGAUGGCUCUUUAGAGUGCAUUACAGAUGAACUGAAGCAGCCGGAACGCAGUAUUGGAGACUCCAUGGAUUCCUUGGCUCUGUCAAACAUUACUGGGGCAUCGGUUGAUGGAGAAAACAAGCAAAGGCCUUCUUUAUACUCUUUACAAAACUUCCAGGAACUCGAUACUGAAGACUGUGAGAAAAUCAGUAACAUGGGGACCCUUAACUCAUCAAUGCUACACAGGAGCACAAACUCAUUAAAGAGCCUAACAUCUGAACUGGAGAAUGAAGACUUGGCGUUACCCGAGGAACAGCCAAAGCCCAUUCACUUGCCCGCACUUCGAAGGUCAAAAUCGCAGUCAAGACCUCAGCAAGUGAAGUUUUCUGAUGACGUGAUAGAUAACGGACAUUAUAACGAAAUAGAGGUUCGGCAGCCUCCGAUGAGCGAGAGGACACGCCGAAGAGUUUAUCAUUUUGACGAACAAAGUCAGCGUCCACACAAUCAUCACAACCAUCACCAUCGCAGAAGAAGCCGCAAGUCCCGUUCUGACAAUGCUCUUCACCUGGCUACUGAUAGGAGACCAUGUGCAAAGGAAAGGUCCCGAAUGUAUAUCCCAGAUGACUAUGACAAGCUGGUGCAAACAAAGUGCCCUCCAGGUACACAGCCAUAUUUGCCAAAUCAGGAACUGUAUGGACCAUAUUCCCAUGCCACAACUGACUAUGCAUUCCAGAACCAAGUGGUGGACAAAUUUCUCGGACUUUAUGGUGAUGAAGACUCUUGGUGCUCCACCUGUUCAUCCUCUUCCUCGGACUCGGAGGAAGAAGGGUACUUUCUCGGGCAGCCAAUACCACAACCGAGGCAGCAGAGAUACCGCUAUUACACAGAUGACCUUUCCAGUCCAGCCCAGGUGCUUCCUUCAGCACUGUUUCCAACCAGAACAGCCAAAUCCAAAAAGAAAAAAGGCCACAAGGGCAAAAACUGCAUUAUUUCCUAGCCAGGCGAUGAAGGAAUGGGGUUUCUCCAAAAACUGAUUUUUUUUUAAACUGUUUCUUUGUAUUUAUAUUGCCAUUUCAGCUGCCUCAAUAUGGGUAUUGUGACUUAAUUAUUUAAUUUCAAACUAAGUAGAUUUAAGAGGUGUCCACUGUGCAAAUUGUUUACAGUCUGCUUGUAUUUCAGGCUAACAAGGUUUAUCACGUGACCCAUUUAUCCACCAAUCACAGCUCAGUGCAUAACUGAAGACUGAAAGACGUGCAAUUGUGAGCCGUUCAAUUAUUAAUCAGUCGUAACGUUCACACAGCGCGUCUAAAACUGCAGUAUUUAGCAUUGUUCAACGAAAUAUAUUUAACUUGGUAUUUAGUGAGUAAUAGUAAUUGUAAUUUAACAGUGCAAAUAUUAAUGUACAUAUUGUAAAGUUAAAAUUUUAACUGAUAUUUUUAUAUCCCUGAGUUGCAAAAGACAUUUCUAUGUUUUGUUUGUAUGAAACUGAAUUAAUAGCAGGAUCAAUCUGUGCUUUCUUUUAAUUGCUGCCCUUUUGUUAAUCAGGGUUUUUAAAAAUUGCAGAAUAUGUUGACAGGAAAAUGUUUUCAUGUUUAAAAGUAUUUACUAUGUUUCACUUACUGGUAUCCUGUCCAUUCAGGGCUUUGUGUUGGUGGGUAUAUAUUGACAUCCCAUCACAAUGUGGCCUUGUGAAAUGACACGGUUUAUUAAUGGGUCAGGCAUAGUAAGCAAACCAGACACAUGUAAUCUGUAUAAAUGUAAAAACUGGAACCUAAGGCUAAUAAAAGCAGAUAUUGUGCUA